UGAAUUCGACUGCUUGCCGAAAUAGAAAUACCCCAGUAAUUUACGGAGUAAAAUGUAGAAAGAAAAUUGCAGACAGGGGUCUCUCAUAUUUCUCCUUUCGCCCCUUUAAUCUUUCUUCUUUCAAAAACAACCCCUCGCCCGCCGUUCCUUAAUUCCUUUGUCUUCUUUCGCAGUCCUCCUCCUUUCCACGCCUCUCUUUCUCCACCCUCAUAUUUUCACCAUUUUACAUUCGUAUACUUUUCUACCCGUCUUGAACUGUCAGCUCUUUUCUUCUCAUUUCUCCGUUGAAUCGGAUCUGAUUCAACCUGUGUGGUUAUGCGUUCAACAAUUCAUAUUCAAAUAUAGGAAGCGGCAAUGGAGGGCGGGAGAGAAGGGAACGGAGUUGAUGCCGGCGAGGAGCAUGAAGGGUUUCCCCCGGCGGUUGCUUUGGGUCGGAGGAAGUACACGCCAGUGGUGGCGCACGAUAACGAUCCGGCGAUGGUCGAGAUGUCGACUGUGGAUCUCGGAUCUUCAUCGUCUUCCUUUCCACCUCAGGAUCUCAAGAAAAUUAAAGUGAACACGCAACAAAAUUCAGCCUCCGAAGGAAGCGAAGGUUCUAUACAUAAUCAUGUUGGUGUGAAUGGACCCCAGACAGAAUCGAAGUUAGAGUUGUUUGGAUUUGAUUCUCUUGUCAAUAUUCUUGGUCUUAAGAGUAUGAUAGGGGAUCAAAUGCCAGCCCCCUCAAGUCCCAGAGAUGGUGAUGAUGUGACUAUCUCAGUUGGGCACCCUCAGCCUAAUGUUGUCAAAUUGGGAACCAUGAUGGGAGUUUUUGUGCCAUGCCUGCAAAAUAUUUUAGGAAUCAUCUACUAUAUAAGAUUUUCCUGGAUUGUUGGAAUGGCUGGAAUUGGUGAGUCAUUGUUGCUAGUUGCCUUCUGUGGAUCAUGUACUUUCCUGACUACAAUAUCAUUGAGUGCUAUUGCAACUAAUGGUGCAAUGAAGGGAGGUGGCCCAUACUAUCUUAUUGGUCGUGCCUUGGGUCCAGAGGUUGGUGUUAGUAUUGGUCUCUGUUUUUUCCUGGGGAAUGCGAUUUCUGGGGCUAUGUAUGUAUUGGGAGCGGUAGAGACCUUCUUAAAUGCUGUGCCAGGUGCAGGGAUUUUUAGAGAGUCAGUCACAACUGUUAAUGGUACAGCAAUUGCAGAGCCCAUCACAAGACCAAGUUUGCAUGACUUGCAAGUCUAUGGGAUUGUUGUCACUAUUGUUCUGUGCUUUAUAGUAUUUGGAGGUGUCAAAAUGAUCAAUCGUGUUGCACCAGCUUUCCUCAUACCUGUUUUUCUCUCAUUGUGCUGCAUAUUUCUUGGCAUAUUUGUGGCAAGGAAGGACCGUCCAGAAGUUGGAUUCACCGGGUUGAGUUUGGAAUCUUUUAAAGAUAACUGGAGUUCUGACUAUCAGAUGACUAACAAUGCGGGAAUUCCAGAUCCUAAUGGAAAGAUAUACUGGGGUUUCAAUGCAUUGGUAGGUCUGUUUUUCCCUGCUGUGACUGGGAUCAUGGCAGGUUCUAAUCGUUCAGCCUCACUAAGGGACACUCAGCGUUCUAUUCCUAUUGGAACUUUAGCUGCAACUUUGUCAACAACUGGCUUGUAUUUGGUUACUGUGCUUUUCUUUGGAGCUGUUGCACACAGAGAGAAACUUUUGACUGACAGGUUACUAACAGCUACAGUUGCUUGGCCAUUCCCUGCAAUUGUUUAUGUUGGCAUCAUCCUUUCAACCUUGGGUGCAGCUCUUCAAAGCUUAGCUGGUGCUCCACGUCUUCUUGCAGCUAUAGCAAAUGAUGACAUAUUACCUGUUCUUAAUUACUUCAAGGUGUCAGAUGGAAGUGAACCUCAUGUGGCAACUCUAUUCACUGCCUUCAUAUGUAUUGGAUGUGUUGUGAUUGGGAAUCUAGACCUUAUCUCACCGACCACAACAAUGUUUUAUCUUCUAUGCUAUGCGGGCGUGAACUUAUCCUGCUUUCUUCUGGAUCUUUUAGAUGCUCCCAGCUGGCGUCCUAGGUGGAAAUUUCACCAUUGGAGUCUUUCUCUUGUAGGAGCAUUGAUUUGUAUAGUUAUCAUGUUUUUAAUAUCUUGGACAUUCACGAUUGUGGCCUUGGCCCUAGCAACCCUCAUAUACUAUUAUGUUUGCCUCAUGGGAAAAGCUGGAGACUGGGGUGAUGGUUUCAAGAGUGCCUAUUUUCAGCUUGCCCUUCGUAGUCUACGGUCUCUGGGAGCAACCCAAGUACACCCGAAGAACUGGUACCCUAUACCCCUCAUAUUUUGUCGUCCUUGGGGCAAGCUGCCUGAGAAUGUCCCUUGCCAUCCUAAGCUUGCUGACUUUGCCAACUGCAUGAAGAAAAAAGGCAGGGGAAUGUCUGUGUUUGUUUCUAUUAUGGAUGGAGAUUACCUCGAAUGUGCUGAGGAUGCUAAGACAGCUUGCAAACAGUUAAGUACCUACAUCGACUACAAGCAAUGUGAAGGUGUAGCAGAGAUUGUCGUUGCCCCAAAUAUGUCUGAAGGCUUUAGAGGCAUUGUUCAAACUAUGGGCCUUGGAAAUCUCAAGCCAAAUAUAGUUGUGAUGCGUUAUCCUGAAAUUUGGCGUCGUGAGAAUUUACUCGAAAUUCCUGCCACCUUUGUUGGGAUAAUAAAUGAUUGCAUUGUUGCUAAUAAAGCAGUUGUUAUUGUGAAAGGCCUAGAUGAGUGGCCUAACGAGUAUCAAAGACAGUAUGGUACUAUCGAUUUGUAUUGGAUUGUGAGAGAUGGCGGUCUUAUGCUUCUUCUUUCGCAGCUCCUCCUCACCAAAGCAAGCUUCGAGGGCUGUAAGAUUCAGGUUUUCUGCAUUGCAGAGGAAGAUUCUAACGCUGAGGAACUGAAAGCUGAUGUAAAGAAAUUCCUUUACGAUCUCCGCAUGCAAGCUGAAGUGAUUGUGAUUUCAAUGAAGUCGUGGGAAAUCCAUGGUGAGCAGCAAGAAUCAACCGAGGCAUUUAGUGGCGCCCAGCAGAGGAUCGCCAAUUACUUGGCAGACAUGAAGGAAAAAGCUGAGAGAGAAGGGACUCCUUUGAUGGCCGAUGGAAAGCGUGUUAUUGUGAACGAGCAACAGGUGGAGAAGUUCCUUUACACCACUUUGAAGCUCAACUCAACAAUACUCAAGUACUCUAGAAUGGCUGCCGUGGUGCUUGUAAGUCUGCCUGCUCCACCUCUCAGUCAUCCAUCAUACUUCUAUAUGGAGUAUAUGGACCUGUUGGUCGAAAAUGUGCCUAGGUUGUUGAUAGUCCGAGGAUACCACAGAGAUGUUGUCACAUUGUUCUCAUAGAUUUCUAUGUUCCAGACUUCCAGUACAUGAUGGAUACUCCUUUUCUUCUACCCCUUUGGUUCAUAGUUCUUUUUUUUUUUUUUUUUUUUUUUUUUUUUUGGGUCCACUUUUAUGGGGGUGUAAAAUUGUAGUAGUAGUUUACAUAAUUACGUGCCAUUCAUUGAUCUCUCUUCAGUGCCGCUUGUCACAGAAAAUUUUGCUAAUAUUGGAAUGAACUUUAAGCUGAUUGAGGAAAUUUGUUCAUUUCAAUUAAUA